AGCCGUGCAGCACCAGUCCGUGCUUGAAGUCGUUGUUUUUGAGAAACUUGACAAUCUCGGCCGCUACCAGCUGUGAGUGAAUGCCGGUAUGCUCACAUUCGUACAGACUAAAGUACAAGCUGACCCGGUUCAACCGUCGAGCGGAUAUUAUCGCCAAAGUGCAAACGACCUGCAUGGGUGCUGUAAUACUUUUCUACUGGAUUGCACCGAUACCUUCCAUCUGUGCGCACUACUACAGGUCGAUCAAUUCCACCGAACCCGAGCGGUUUGUGCAACAUUUGGAGGUGAAGUUCUAUUGGCUCGAGAAUCGCACCUCGGUCGAGGACUACGUAGUCUUCGUGCUGAUUAUGCUACCCGUCGUGAUUAUGUGUGGUUACGUAUGCAAUCUGAAGGUGAUGACCAUCUGCUGCAGCAUUGGACACUGUACACUGUACACCAGGCUGACUAUGGAGAUGGUAGAGCAGUUGGAAAGCACGGCAUCGGCGGAACGAACUGCCAGCGCAAUACGCAACGUGGUGCAGAUGCACACCGGUUUACUGAAAUGCAUCAGGCUUUUGAACACGUCGAUCCGAUCGAUGCUGAUGCUGCAGUGGUUGACCUGCGGGUUAAACUGGAGCAUUUCUCUCAUUUAUUUUACAAACGUGGGCAUCUCGCUACAAUCGGUUACCGUGGUGGUAAUGUUUUUUCUUGCCACCGCGGAAACAUUCCUGUACUGUUUACUAGGGACGCGGCUUGCGGCACAGCAGCUGCUGCUGGAGCACGCACUCUAUGCUACACGGUGGUACAACUACCCAAUAGCCUUUCGCAGCAGCAUUAGGAUGAUGUUGAGACAGUCGCAAAGGCAUGCACACAUAACGGUGGGGAAGUUUUUUCGCGUUAAUUUGGAAGAAUUUAGCAGGAUUGUCAACUUAUCCUACUCUGCUUACGUCGUACUUAAGGAUGUAAUAAAGAUGGAUGUACAGUGAAUGAUUUUUUUUUGGCUUGGCACCAAAGAAAAUUU